GGAGUAGGGCCCACCACGACUCAACCUCCUUGUGGAAGUUACAACGGUCUAUAAAUUCCCCCAAUUCCUCAUUCACCUCCCGCCACAUUUUCAUUUGGUUACUCAGAUUCAAAUUUUCAAAGAAAACGCUCUCAGCUUUUUCUCUCUCAGUCUCUCUCGCUCCGAUCUCAAUUCUCUCUGAAAAAAGGCGUUGAAGCCAUGGUUGUAGCACAGAAAGUGAAGGAAGCUGAAAUCACUGAGCAGGACUCGCUUCUUCUGACGAGGAAUCUGCUCCGAAUUGCUAUAUUCAAUAUUAGUUACAUCAGAGGCCUAUUUCCUGAGAAGUACUUCAACGAUAAGUCUGUUCCUGCUUUAGAGAUGAAGAUCAAAAAGCUCAUGCCAAUGGAUGCAGAGUCUCGCAGACUCAUUGAUUGGAUGGAAAAAGGUGUAUACGAUGCAUUGCAGAAGAAGUAUCUGAAAACGCUUUUGUUCUGCAUUUGUGAGGCAAUUGACGGACCAAUGCUUGAGGAAUAUGCAUUUUCUUUCAGUUACUCAAAUUCCGAUAGCCAGGAGGUUUCACUGGAUAUCAGUCGUACCGGUAACAAGAAAAAGGGUGGAACAUUCAGGCAUAACUCCUCGAAUGAAAUUACUCCGAACCAGAUGAGGAGUUCGGCUUGUAAGAUGGUUCGGACAUUGGUUCAGUUGAUGAGAACUCUGGAUAGGAUGCCCGAAGAGCGUACUAUUCUGAUGAAGCUGCUUUAUUAUGAUGAUGUGACGCCUGCGGAUUAUGAGCCUCCGUUCUUCAAAGGCUGCACAGAAGAAGAAGCUCGUAAUCCAUGGACCAAAAAUCCUUUGAGAAUGGAGGUUGGGAACGUGAACAGCAAGCAUCUUGUAUUAGCUCUCAAGGUUAAGAGUGUGCUAGAUCCUUGUGAGGAUGAAAAUGAAGAUGUUCAAGAUGAUGAAAUGAGCUUAGGAGCUGAUUCUGUGCAAAAGGAUGACUCUUCUGAUUCUGACAGUGAGGUCAACCAUUCGGAAGAAAAUCAAUAUAUAGUUGCACCAGUUGAUAAACAUCAGCAAGGGGAAGAUAACAAUGGCAUGGUAGAUGAAGAUGAUACUCAAGACCCAGAGGAAGAUGAACAACAAUUGGCCCGUGUAAAGGAAUGGAUCAACGAUCGUCACAUUGAUACUGUUGACUUUACUGAUAUUCUCUCUAAUUUCCCGGACAUCUCAAUGGUUUUGACCGAGGAAAUCAUGGAAAAGCUUGUGAAGGAAGGUGUUCUUUCAAAAACUGGGAGGGACAGUUACACCAUUAACAAGCAAAAGAAUUCUGACUAUGAAUUCACAACGGUGAAAGAAGAAAUGGAUGGUCAAACAACACCUUUUGGUGGCAAAGUUCCCCUGGUUGAAGAUAGCAUGUACAUGAAGGCUUUGUAUCAUGCUCUUCCAAUGAAUUAUGUAACUGUGGCAAAGCUUCAAAGCAAGCUUGAAGGAGAAGUUAACCAAACAACUGUGCGCAAAAUAAUCAACAAAAUGACUCUAGAUGGUUUUCUUGAGGCAAAAGGCAGCAGAAGGCUAGGCAAGCGUGUGAUCCAUUCUGAAAUGACUAAGAAAAAGCUACUAGAAGUCAAGAAAGCUUUGAACACUGAUGCCAUGGAUAUCGAUACUAAUGAACCAAAUAACAAAUCCAGCUAUGUCGAGCUCCAGAAAAUGGGGAGCAACUACAACGACAUGUCCACUUGUGGUGCCCUACACUCGAUUGGAUCAGAUCUCACACGCAUGAAAGUGAGAUCUGAAAUAAAUCAAAAUGGCUCAAUUAGGAGUGAGCAGACAAUUUCAAAGACAAAGGAGCCUGGAAACACCCCCACAAGUAGGGUGGAGCCAGUAGCUUCAAGAGAAAGUUUUGUGCCAGGGUACGAGAAUGGCAGAGCAAAUGGAAACACAAAUUACAAUGGUGAGGUAGAUGGAGUUAUCUGCAGUAGGUCCAGUCAAGAAAGGCGAUCAAGAAAAACAAGCACUGUUAGGGAGCCUAUCCUUCAAUAUGUGAAACGCCAGAGAUCUCAGGCUGCUUGAAAUGCUUUGGAGAUGUGAUGCUACUACAUUGCAUUUUCUCCAUAGUUUCAUGACUUUGUUUUCCACUUGUAUGUGUGGAAUUUAAUGAAGUAACUUUUUGUGACCUUAGCUAGAAUGUCACAAUCAUGACAAUUUACAUUUCUCCUUAAAAGUC